CCAGGUUUGGUGUCCUGCUCCAUCAUCUCAGCCUCUAACCUGAAGAAGACAGCGGCAAACACAGACAAUCCUGGAGGACUUGUUUUGGGGGAUUUUUUUUAACCCUUUAUUUCAGAUCUAUGACAAAUCCUGCCUUAACUACCAAGGAUAAUGGCCACUAAGAAUAAAGUCAUUGUAACAGGGUUUGAGCCUUUUGGUGAGCACACAGUGAACUCCAGCUGGGUGGCCGUCCAGGAACUGGAGCGAUUAGGACUGGGUGAGGAGAUAGACCUUCAUGUGUGUGAGGUUCCUGUUGAAUAUCAGGCUGUUCAAAAUCUGCUGCCUUCCAUGUGGAAAGAGCACCAGCCUCAGUUAGUCGUCCACGUCGGUGUUUCUGGAUUAGCCAAAAAGGUCACUCUGGAGCAGUGCGGCCACAACAAGGGCUACAAACGUCUGGACAACUGUAAUUUCUGCCCAGCUUCAAGUUGUUGCAUGGAGAAUGGUCCAGACUGCAUCAGCUCAGUGUUGGACAUGGAGACAGUCUGCAAAAGAGUCCGUGAGUCUGGCAUCGAUGUGGCUGUGACUGUAUCAAAGGAUGCAGGGAGGUAUCUGUGUGACUACACCUACUACACGUCUCUGUACCUGGGCCAGGGUCGAUCCGCCUUCAUCCACGUGCCUCCGUUAGGAAAACCCUACAGCAGUCAGGACCUGGGUCGAGCCCUUCAGGCCAUCGUCCAGGAAAUGAUGAAACUGCCGGAGCUGAAAAACACUGAAGAGGGCCCCGAACACAAUGAGCACUGCAAUCACACACAUUAACACCACCAUGAUAAAUAACUAAGGAACAAGUGGACUUGAAUACGGGGCUUAAAUAUUUAUAAAACCUGUGAGUUUUUAAUAAGUGAAGACAAUGGAUUACUUACUCCAGAAAAUAAUGGCAUGAAUUUAAUACUAGUGGUGCAAAACAGGGAGUUGUUGUGUCUGAAAUGGGUGUUUUUAAUAGAAAUCCUCCGUGUUGUUGUAGUUCAUAACACGCAGAAGGUUGCAAGUCUAUUUUGGACAACACACUGAUUUCAAAAUGUGGUUAUUGUAGAUUUAAUCAGACAUCAGCUUCACAGAUAGACUUUGACCAAGGCUGACUUCAGAUGGAUACCGACCUAAAUGUAUCUGUGGCACAAAGCAACAGUUCUUGACUAAAAAGGAUUGAGUUAAUCUACACAUUUUUCCACAUCAAAAAACAUGGCCAAUUGUAGUUAUCUCCACCCAAAGAACUUUUAUUUUCAGGACAACUUUAUCAAUUAACAGGACUUUUUUACUGGUACAAGUCAGUAUUGACGAAGAGAUUUUAGAAAAAAAAUAAAAAAUAC